AUGAGCCAUGAUUUGCACUCUUCUCCCGCCACAGAACCUAGUUGGCCACCUUCACCAACGACUCCCAACUUGGUCGAGAGUGGAAGAAGAUCAGAAACUCCCCUACGAUGGGCAACCUCUUGGACAGACGACGAAAGAGACAAAAGUCAGGAAUCGAUCACAGAGACCAUUAUUAGAACUCGCAGGGAUAAGCAUAAGACUUCAUUCCCAUCUUACACGGCUUCGCCCACUAAAUCACGUCUCGAGGACCAAUACAGACAUAUGAAGGGCCUCAGAGACAACAAGAGAAAUGGAAAAGCAUCUCAGCAGAGAGGAGGACUCGAUAAGAUGGAAUCAUUCGUGAUGAAUAGCGAACUAACGCAAGAAUUACAAAGACUCUCAUUGCAGGCCGAGGAAUACACAAUUUCCCCAGAUUUAGCGGAAGAAAUUGAGCAGCAGCAGCAGGAAGACUUGGAGGACGACGCCCUCAUCGACUACAUCAACCUUCGUGACCAAUUGGACCAGGAAUUAGACUCGAUGAUAGCAGAAUUAUCGUUGAAUUAG